AGAGAGAGAGAGAGUGAGAGAGAGUGUGUGUGUGUGAGAGAGUGAAUGUGAGAGAGCAAGAGAAAGAGUGUGUGUGUGUGUGAGAGAGAGAUAGACAGAGAGAGAGAGAGAGAGAAGGAGGUCCUGGUACUCCAAGUGGCUGGAACGGAAUGAAAGCCCUGCCUUUGGCCCCGCCCCCUACUUGAAUGACAUCCCAGCCGUCCAAUGAGGAGGCUCGGGGGCGGCGAUGCAUAACGGAGGCUGUGAUUGUGAGCUGCAAACUCGGCAGUGUGUGUGCAGCCUCUGUCGCCUUCACACACGGAGAGAGAGAGAGAGAGAGAGAGGGAGGGAGAGAGAGAGAGAGAGAGAGAGAGAGAGAGGAUACAGCAGCGAGAUAAACGGAGAGACUGAACGAGACAAACACCGUGAUGAGAAUCUAAACAACAACAACAACAACAAUAAUCAACAAACAGCUCGGCUCGUCCUUUUUUUUUUCAAACACAUUUUUUAAAUUCUUCUUUCCUUCCCUGAAAGAAGACUUCCGUGUGAUUUACCUUUUCUUUUUUUUUUUUUCCUCCGCCGGACGAUACGAGAUUCGAGUCUUUGCGUUUUGUGCAUCCGUGUGCACGUGAGUGUGUGUGAGAGAGAGAGUGUGUGUGUGUGUGUGUGCGUGUGUGUGUGCGUGGAAUGAGAAGAGGACGUUAAGUGAUCUCGGCUGGGUCUUGAUGAGCCGCCGCAGCCCUGGAGUGGGGGGUUCGCUUUAACCCUUCAGGUCACAGCUGGAGGAGUCCGGAUUCAGGUUCUCCCAUGCCAUCCCCUCUCUGCAGUCCAUCUGAUCACUCACUCCAUCCUCCGCCGCACAGCGCCGAGUCCGAGUCAGACGACGAGCUCACACACACACACUGCAGAGAGCACACACACACUGCGGCCCAUGAGCAAGUGGCCAAUCAGCAUCAGCAGGGCCAGCCGGCUCCUCCCACCUUGCCUCCGGCCCCUCCCCCUCACAAGCCGUUGGUGACGGCGCUGAACCACAGCUCAGUGAUUGGCCGGCGGAACGGAAGCCCCGCUCCUCCCCCGCCCGCCGAGCUGCCCACCACACCCGAGUCCGUCCCGCUGCAGGACAGCUGGGUCCUGGGCAGCAAUGUGCCGCUGGAGAGCCGAAAAUUAACAAAGCAAGCAGUUCUCCAAAACGGCCAUGAGAGCCUGAUAGAGAUGGAUGCGUUGAAUCCCGUGAGCCACGAGGGCAGCUAUGGAGACGGGCACUUCCUCUUUAAGACAGGCACAGGAACGACCCCUCUGUUCAGCACGGCCACUCCGGGCUACACCAUGGCUACGGGGGCGGUGUAUUCGCCCCCCACACGGCCCCUGCCCCGCAACACGCUCUCCCGCAGCGCCUUCAAAUUCAAGAAGUCGUCCAAGUACUGCUCGUGGAGGUGCACGGCUCUCAGCGCCGUCGCCGUGUCCGUCCUGCUGUCCAUCAUCCUCUGCUACUGCGUCUCGAUGCAUCUGUUUGGACUGAACUGGCAGCUGCAGGAGACGGAGAGUUUCGCUUUUGAGAAUGGACAGGUCAAACCCGAUGGCACGACAUCUAACGGAGUCACCGCACUGUCAGCUGAGCACGGUAAAGGGGGCGUGUACGUUCAGGAGAAUAACACUAUAGACACAGGUGAGGUGGACGUGGGGAGACGGGCGGUGCAGGACGUUCCUCCCGGAAUGUUCUGGCGUUCUCAGCUCUUCAUCGAUCAGCCGCAGUCGCUCAAGUUCAACAUCUCGCUGCAGAGAGACGCGCUUGUCGGAGUGUACGGACGCAAGGGCCUGCCGCCGUCACACACUCAGUACGACUUUGUGGAGUUGCUGGACGGCAGUCGUUUGAUCGCAAAGGAGAAGCGAGGCCUGGUGGAAAUGGAGGGAUCUCUGAGGAGAGCGAGAUCUGUGAACGUCCACGAGGCCGAGUUCAUCCGCUUCCUCGACGCGGGAAUCUGGCACCUGGCUUUCUAUAAUGAUGGAAAAAACACAGAACAAGUGUCCUACAACACCAUCAUCAUAGAUUCUGUGACCGAGUGUCCACACAAUUGCCAUGGCAACGGAGACUGUCGCUCAGGAACGUGUCAUUGUUUCCCAGGGUUCCUCGGGCCUGACUGUUCACGAGCUGCGUGCCCAGUGUUGUGCAGUGGGAAUGGUCAGUACUCCAGGGGGCGCUGUUUGUGCUACAGUGGCUGGAAAGGCACCGAGUGUGACGUCCCCAACAACCAGUGCAUCGACGUCCACUGCGGUGGUCACGGCAUCUGCAUCAUAGGGGCGUGUGUGUGUAACACCGGAUACAAGGGGGAAAACUGCGAGGAAGUGGACUGUAUUGACCCGUCGUGUUCAGGGCGAGGUGUGUGUAUCCGAGGUGUGUGUCACUGUAACUCCGGGUUCUCAGGGCCGAGCUGCGAGCUGCAGAAAGCUUUGUGUCCUGAACAGUGUUCUGGUCACGGAAAGUUCCAGAGCGAUAGCGGAACCUGCACCUGUGAUGAGAAGUGGACCGGACCGGACUGUUCCGUCGAGGUGUGUGCGGUGGACUGCGGCACUCGCGGAGUGUGUAUGGGCGGGAGCUGCCGCUGUGAGGAAGGCUGGACCGGGGCAGUGUGUGACGUGAAGGCGUGUCACCCGCGCUGCACCGAACACGGAACCUGCAAAGACGGCAAGUGUGAGUGUCAUCAGGGCUGGACUGGAGAGCACUGCACCGUGGAGGGAUGCCCAGGUCUGUGUAACAGUAAUGGCCGCUGCACUCUGGAUCAGAACGGUUGGCACUGUGUUUGCCAGCCUGGCUGGAGGGGGGCUGGCUGUGACGUCGCCAUGGAAACCCUCUGCGCAGAUGGCAAGGACAACGAAGGAGACGGCCUAGCGGACUGCAUGGACCCGGACUGCUGUCUCCAGACCACGUGUGUGUCGCAGUCGUUUUGCCGUGGCUCCCCCGACCCUGCUGACAUCAUCACCCACGGCCAAUCAGCUUCUCCGCAGCAGGCGGCGCAGUCCUUCUACCAGCGAAUCAGCUUCCUGCUCGGGCCAGAGGGCACGCAUGUCAUCACAGGGGAGAAUCCUUUCAACAAGAGUCUGGUCUCUAUAAUCCGAGGUCAGGUGCUCACUGCAGACGGAACGCCGCUGAUCGGAGUGAACGUCUCCUUCGUACACUUCCCUGAACAUGGAUACACCAUCACCCGACAGGACGGCAUGUUUGAUAUUCUGGCCAAUGGCGGCGCGUCUCUGACUCUGAAUUUCGAGCGCGCUCCGUUCCUGCCUCAGCAGCGCACCGUGUGGUUGCCGUGGAACGUGUUUUACGUGAUGGACACGCUGGUGCUGAAGAAGGAGCAGAACGACAUUCCCAGCUGUGACCUGAGCGGAUUCGUCAGGCCCAGCCCACUCAUCGUGACCACGCCCCUUUCUACCUUCUUCAGGUCUGCACCUGAGAACGGACCCAUCAUCCCAGAGACACAGGUUCUCCAGGAGGACACAGCGAUCCCCGGCAGCGACCUGAACCUGGUGUACCUGAGUUCUCGAGCGGCCGGGUACCGUCCCGUCCUGAAGGUCACCAUGACCCAGUCCACCAUCCCUUUUAACCUGAUGAAGGUGCACCUGAUGGUGGCUGUGGUGGGACGCCUCUUCCAGAAGUGGUUCCCCGCAGAACCCAACCUGUCCUACACCUUCAUCUGGGACAAGACGGAUGCCUACAACCAGCGAGUGUACGGCCUGAGCGAGGCGGUCGUGUCGGUGGGGUUCGAGUACGAGUCGUGUUUGGAUCUGAUCCUGUGGGAGAAGAGGACCGCCGUCCUUCAGGGUUACGAGCUCGACGCCUCCAACAUGGGCGGCUGGACGCUGGACAAACACCACGUGCUGGACGUCCAGAACGGUAUCCUGUAUAAGGGCAAUGGGGAGAAUGUGUUUAUUUCCCAGCAGCCCCCGGUGAUCAGCAGCAUUAUGGGUAACGGGCGGAGGCGCAGUAUCUCCUGCCCCAGCUGUAACGGUCAGGCAGACGGUAACAAGCUGCUGGCUCCUGUGGCUCUGGCCUGUGGAUCGGACGGCAGCAUCUACGUGGGAGAUUUUAACUACAUCAGACGCAUCUUCCCUUCAGGAAACGUCACCAGCGUCAUGGAGCUCAGAAAUAAAGACUUCAGACACAGCAACAAUCCAGCACAUAAGUACUACUUAGCGACGGAUCCGAUGUCGGGGCAGCUGUAUGUGUCCGAUACGAACUCACGCAGGAUCUUCAGACCCAAAGUUCUGACAGGGGUGAAGGAGCUGCUGCAGAACGCUGAGGUGGUGGCAGGAACUGGAGAACAGUGCUUACCCUUCGACGAGAACCGCUGUGGAGACGGAGGGAAGGCCACCGAGGCCCUGCUGCUGGGUCCUAAAGGCAUUGCGGUGGAUAAAAACGGAUUAAUCUACUUCGUUGACGGGACAAUGAUCCGCAAAGUGGACCGCAACGGCAUCAUAUCAACACUACUGGGGUCAAACGAUUUGACCUCUGCGCGACCUUUGACCUGUGACACGAGUAUGCAUAUUGGGCAGGUACGUUUGGAGUGGCCAACAGACUUGGCCAUCAACCCCAUGGAUAAUUCGAUUUAUGUGCUGGACAACAACGUUGUACUUCAGAUCACGGAGAACCGGCAGGUGCGUAUCGUAGCGGGACGCCCCAUGCACUGUCAGGUUCCAGGCAUCGAGUACGCGCUGGGAAAACGUGCCAUCCAGACCACGCUGGAGGGUGCCACUGCCAUCGCCGUGUCCUUCAGCGGUGUGCUGUACAUCGCCGAGAGCGACGAGAAGAAGAUCAACCGAGUGCGACAGGUGAGCACAGACGGAGAGAUCACGCACCUGGCGGGGGCGCCAUCCGAGUGCGACUGCAAGAACGACGCCAACUGUGACUGCUACCUCACGGGAGACGGCUACGCUAAAGACGCUCGGUUGAACGCCCCGUCUUCGCUUGUCGUGUCCUCUGAUGGAACUCUGUACGUCGCUGAUCUGGGCAACAUUCGUAUCCGAGCCAUUUCACGGAACCGCCCUCCUCUGGCCUCGUCCGGGUUUUAUGAGGUGGCGUCUCCAGCCGCACAGGAGCUCUACAUUUUCGAUGUGAACGGCACGCACCAGCACACCAUGAGCCUCGUCACCGGGGACUACGUGUACAACUUCAGCUACAGCAACGAGGGUGACGUCACCGCCGUCGCCGACGGCAACGGCAACACGCUACGCGUCCGUCGAGACCCCAAUCGCAUGCCCGUGCGCCUCGUCGCCCCCGACAACCAGGUGAUCUGGAUCACCAUCAGCACCAACGGAGGCCUGAAGACGCUGACGGCGCAGGGACAGGAGCUCACGCUCUUCACCUACCACGGCAACAGCGGCCUGCUCGCCACCAAGAGCACCCAGAUCGGCUGGACCACCUUCUACGACUAUGACAGCGAGGGAAGGCUGACAAACGUCACCUUCCCUACAGGAGUUAUCACCAGUCUGAUCGAGGAGAUGGACCGAGCGCUCACAGUGGACAUCGAGACUUCCGGAAGAGACGAUGAUGUCAGCAUCACCACUAACCUCUCCUCCAUCGACUCAUUCUACACACUCGUCCAAGAUCAGUUGAGGAACAGUUAUCAGGUGGGCUAUGACAGCUCUCUGAGGGUCAUUUACGCCAACGGCAUGGACUCGCACUAUCAGACCGAGCCUCACAUCCUGGCGGGUGCGGCGAACCCUACGGUGGCCCGGAGGAACAUGAGCCUGCCGGGAGAAAACGGCCAGAACCUGGUGGAGUGGAGAUUCAGGAAGGAGCAGACCAGAGGCAAGGUCAUAGUGUUCGGACGCAAGCUGAGGGUGAACGGUAGGAACUUGCUGUCGGUGGAUUACGACCGAACUCUGAAGACGGAGAAGAUUUACGAUGACCACCGGAAGUUCCUGCUGAAGAUCGUGUACGACACGGCGGGUCACCCCACGCUGUGGGUUCCCAGCAGUAAACUCAUGUCCGUGAACCUGACGUACUCCAGCAGCGGCCAAGUGACCAGCAUCCAGCGAGGGGCGACUGUGGAGCGGGUGGAGUACGACAGCCAGGGACGCAUCAUCUCCAGAACCUUCGCUGAUGGCAAGUCGUGGAGCUACACUUACCUGGACAAGUCCAUGGUGCUCCUGCUGCAUAGUCAGCGACAGUACAUCUUCGACUUCGACGUACAAGACCGGCUCUCUGCUAUUACCAUGCCCAGCGUGGCACGUCACACCAUGGAGACGAUCCGAUCUAUCGGCUACUACCGCAAUAUCUAUCAUCCGCCCGAGAGCAACGCGUCGGUCACCGUGGAUUACAGCGAGGACGGCCAGCUCCUUCGCGUGGCGCACUUGGGCACCGGCCGCCGCAUCCUCUACAAGUACAGAAGGCAGAACAAGAUCUCAGAGAUACUGUACGACAGCACACGCGUGAGUUUCACAUACGACGAGACGGCCGGCGUUUUGAAGACGGUGAACUUGCAGAGCGAAGGUUUUAUCUGCUCCAUCCGAUAUCGUCAGAUCGGACCACUAGUGGACAGGCAGAUCUUCCGAUUUAGCGAGGACGGCAUGGUCAACGCUCGCUUCGACUACUCUUACGACAACAGCUUCCGGGUCACCAGCAUGCAAGGGGUCAUCAACGAGACGCCGCUGCCCAUCGACCUCUACCAAUUCGAUGACAUCUCGGGCAAAGUGGAGCAGUUCGGCAAGUUUGGCGUGAUCUAUUACGACAUUAAUCAGAUCAUCUCGACGGCAGUCAUGACGUACACUAAGCACUUCGACGUCCACGGCCGCAUCAAGGAGAUUCAGUACGAGAUCUUCCGGUCCCUUAUGUACUGGAUCACCAUACAGUACGACAACAUGGGCCGUGUCACCAAGCGCGAGGUCAAGAUCGGACCGUUCGCCAACACCACCAAAUACAGCUACGAGUACGAUGUGGACGGCCAACUGCAGACCGUCUACUUGAACGAAAAGAUGAUGUGGCGCUACAGCUACGAUCUCAACGGCAACCUUCACUUGCUAAACCCGGGUAACAGUGCUCGGCUCACGCCGCUACGUUACGACCUUCGGGAUCGCAUCACGCGGCUCGGCGACGUACAGUACCGGAUGGACGAAGACGGAUUCCUGCGCCAGAGAGGCACCGAGAUUUUCGAGUACAACUCCAAAGGCCUGCUGGUACGAGUCCACAGCAAGGCUAACGGUUGGACUAUCCAGUACCGUUACGACGGAUUGGGGAGGCGACUGGCGUCCCGUAACAGCCUCGGGCAGCACCUUCAGUUCUUCUAUGCUGAUCUGAACUACCCUACACGCAUUACCCACGUCUACAACCAUUCCAGCUCGGAGAUCACCUCGCUCUACUACGACCUGCAAGGCCACCUUUUCGCCAUGGAGAUUAGCAGUGGAGAGGAGUUCUACAUUGCUUGCGACAACACCGGCACUCCACUAGCUGUCUUUAGCAGUAACGGGCUAUUACUCAAGCAGGUUCAGUACACUGCUUAUGGAGAGAUCUACUUUGACUCCAACCCUGACUUCCAGCUGGUAAUCGGGUUCCACGGAGGAUUGUACGACCCACUUACGAGGCUCCUUCAUUUUGGAGAAAGAGACUACGACAUUCCCGCCGGCCGUUGGACCACCCCAGAUAUUAGCACCUGGACCAGAGUGGGGAAAGAUCCUGCCCCCUUUAACCUGUACAUGUUUCGCAACAAUAACCCUAUUAGCAAGGUCCAUGAUGUCAAAGAGUAUGUUACAGAUGUCAACAUCUGGCUGGUAACAUUUGGCUUCCAUCUUCACAACGCCAUCCCUGGAUUCCCAAUUCCUAAAUUUGACCUCACGCAGCCCUCGCUGGAGAUGAGAAAGAGUCAGCUCUGGGACGACCUUCCGGCCAUCUCAGGUGUCCAGGAGGAAGUGACACGUCAAGCCAAGGCAUUCUUAUCUUUCGAGAGGAUGCCAGAAAUCCAGUUUAGCCGGCGCCGCUCUGCACGGGAUAAACCCUGGCUGUGGUUCGCCACUGUCAAGUCGUUGAUUGGGAAAGGCGUGAUGCUUGCGAUCACCAGCAAAGGCCAAGUGGCCACGAACGCGCUGAACAUUGCCAACGAAGACUGCAUCAAGGUGGCAGCAGUUCUGAACAACGCCUUCUACCUGGAAGACCUGCACUUCACCAUCGAGGGUCGCGAUACGCAUUACUUCAUCAAGACGAGCCUUCCCGAAAGCGACCUGGGGGCUUUACGGCUGACGAGUGGGCGCCGCAGCUUGGAGAACGGCGUGAACGUGACCGUGUCUCAGUCUACCACGGUGGUGAACGGGCGUACGCGGCGAUUCGCAGACGUCGAGCUCCAGUACGGCUCGCUGGCACUGCACGUACGCUACGGCAUGACGCUGGACGAGGAAAAGGCACGGGUGCUCGAGCAGGCCAGACAAAGAGCGCUCGCGAGCGCAUGGCAAAGAGAACAGCAACGGGUCCGGGAGGGCGAGGAAGGCGCCAGGCUCUGGACCGAGGGCGAGAAACGGCAACUACUGAGCUCAGGAAAGGUUCUCGGCUACGACGGCUACUACGUGCUCUCUGUGGAGCAGUACCCCGAACUGGCCGACAGCGCCAACAACAUCCAGUUCUUGAGGCAGAGCGAGAUCGGGAAGAGGUAACAACCGACUGCACAGCGAUGCUUUAGCCGGGAAGAAGUAACAACAGACUGCACUGUGCCUAGCUGCCUCUCUCGUUUACCGUGUAGAAAAGACCUGAGAUGAGCUCUGUAACUGACACGUCUCUCCCUCUGCGGCAUCGAAACCAACUCUUUCUGAAAGCACUCAAUAAGAACCUUUUGUUUUUGUUUUUUUAAACUGCUUUAGCUAGGUAGAGGUAACAGACUGUUACUUAGCUGACAGUUUUCUCAGACUGAAGAGAGAAAUAAAGUGAAGAAAUGACUCAAGCGCUCAGUACCGCCUCAGUUGCCUCACACUCUCUCGCCCCACCCGAAACCCCUCUCUAUACUGUACUGAAUAUACUCACUAAUAGCCCCCCCCCCAAACACAGGGUAGACAGAAGCUGCCUCUCUACAGUAUGUUACCGUGUACAAAAACCCCGAGCUCCAUCAACCAACCACGUUUCUUCACGCUGCGGCGUUGGACGGACGAGCCAAUUCUCUCCGAAGGACUCUCGGUAUGAAAAAUUUUUGAAAACCCUUCAAUCUGAAUCUUUUUUGUGCUUUUUUUGUAUAAAAUUCUUAAGGAUGGUACGCUUCACGGAUUUAAAUAAAGGGAAGAAAAAGAAGGAACGUGUUUACAAAACCGCUGCACUCGGCUAACGGACUCACGUGUACAGUACAGAGCCUCUGGGUCGCAUCUCUCGCUCUGAAACUUCUUUCUGCUAUCGGUAUUGAAAAAAUAAAACACACACGUUCGGUGGACGUUUCGGGCUCGGAGACGUACAGCCGUGAGAACUGAAACGGCACGUGAUUCUUUCCUGCUUCGCUUUGUUUUUAAGGACACCGUUACGAUUCAAGUAUUCAGUCGAGUCUGCGUGUUCAAUGUCAUUGCUGAACCAGCUGGCGGAUGUAGAGUAGAGAGCAAAACAAAACUAAAAAUGAUAUAUCAUAACUGGCCUGUCUUUUGACAAGAGAUGUGAGAAUAUCUUUAUGGAAUCUUUUUUUUUUUCUUUUUUUUUUUUUUUUUUUUUUUUUUAAACUUAAAAAAAAAAAUAUUCCGCUUAUCCGUACAUCAAUAUUAGUCUCAGAGAAAGUAAUUUAUGUACAGUGUUUAUACAUAUAAAUAAAAUUUAAAAAACCAACAAAAAUAAAACCUUAAAAAAUAUCGACUUUCUUUUUUCCCGUCUUGUCAUGCAUUACUGUUUACACUUCAUGAAGUUUAAUAUUUGAUCUUAUCAGAAUUUAUGGUAAUGCUAAUCGAAAUAAAAUCAGCUGUACUGUCUCAUUAAUCUCUGCAUUCUCAUCUCUUACAGUUUAUUUGUUUUGCACACUUUAUUUUUAGGUUGUUUUUUUUUUUUUUUUUUACGCUCUUGUCUGGUUUCGUCGCUCGCCCGCCUUUUCACGUAUCAUCGUGAUCGAAGUUACGAUUGAGGCGACGGCUCCGCGGUUCAAAACGCCCUUCAGAUAUUAGUCAGAAAAUAAACCGGACGCCAUUCGGUUCCGGUUACGGGUUGAAAUUCUCGGGUGUUUACUCGUCAGUAGCGACGUUCUGAUCGGGGCUGUAUUGAUUACUUUAGAUUUAUUUAAAAACAAAACAAAAGAACAGUCAGGACGUUCAGACGGAUAACGACAGGAACGACCGGAUCGAAACGUGUGAGGAAACAAAACGCCAGGUCUCACGUUAAAUAAAUUCUUUCUUUUACUUUGACAUACGGAUAGCAGUGAACGAGUGCAGGUGAAGAACAAAAGAUCUGUCCGGAGCGUUCUUCACGCUUGCCUUCGUUCAUAUACGUCUCAAUUUUUUUUUUUUAGUUCGGAUCGAGUCAUCUAAAUUGUAUUUAUCGCUACAAAGUCGACUUCUGAGGCCUUUUACGUAAAAUAAUAAUAAUAAUAAAAAAAUCUAAUCAAAUAAAAAAAAAAAACAUUUUUAAAAAAGAGAACAUAACUGCUUUUCUUGUUUGUUUGUUUGUUUUUCUUUUUGUACGGCGAAGCCUAUUUUUCUACGUGAAUGAAAAGGCAUCUAAAAAGGAAAAGCGGUGCUCUCCGUGGUUUAGGAAGCUACUCAUCCUGAUUCCGAUCGCUGUGGUUUUUGUCCAAGCGCUGUGCGUUUGGCUGCUCGGAUCUGAGAAACGCUAGACUUUCCCGAUUUGACAAUCCUGUCCUCGCCAUAACGUCAGCACGAGGCGGCGUCCUGACCCCUCGGGCGGUUAAAGAAACGAUCGAAACGAUCAAACAGCCACGUUCCGAGCACGCAUGACAACACUACACGCCAUUUCAUGACGCGGCACUUAAUGCGAGAUGCGCUCACGAAGGCCGUGGCGGUUAGCGAAGGAGGAACGGUAGAGAAAAGGAAACGCGAACGAGGUUUUAGCUUCGCAAUUUGUUGCAUGCGUAUGAUGUAAAACUGCCUCUCUGAAACCACUUCAAGCACUGUAAAGGUCAUUUUCAGAAGCCGGGUGUUCGAACGCACUGCUUUGAUGGAUUAUUUACUGUAUCUGCUUCUACUCCAGAUCAUUAUGUAACAGUCUUUUUUUUUUUUUUUUUUUUUUUUUU